AUGGUGAAGGGAGGAGGACCACAAGGAUCUAAAGACCAACCAGACCCUCAACGCUCCAAGGAUCACCUGACCCCUCCAGAGCCCAUCUUCUCCUUCACCAAACCCUCUGACCAGGACCCUGACCGGCCCCCGGUCCUCACCCCUCGUAACCGCUCUUACACCUGUUCUGAGACAAAGCCCCAGUCCUCCGUCACCACUGCCUCAGCCUCGGCCCCGCUCCACCCCCAGACCUACACCAAGAACCCUGUGAAGCCCUCACGCUCCGAGGGGGGCAUGGUACAAACCACCAAUAGACCACAUCUGCCCAUGAAGUCCCGCCCAGGCCAGGCGGACAUCACGCCCACUAAGCCUAAAGACUACAGAGACAGCUCGGAGCUGCCCAGCAAACUGCGUCCACCUACAAGGCCCAUCCAGCCCCUCCCCAAAGAAGCGCAUCAUGAGACAACUCAACCACCGAAGAUGGGAAAUGACUUUGUGCUUUUUUUGGCUGAAAACCCUCCUCCUCUUGUCCUAUAUGUUAAAAUGAGAUGUUGAAUGGUGGCUAGUGUCAGUCACUGCAAUGCUCGUCUUCCUGCCUCUCCAAACAAGUUUCUGUACGAACUCAUCUUUGCAUAUGCAUUAGGCUGUAUUCAUGGCACCGCUCUGAGGAUUUGUGGAGUCCUCUGAAAUAAGUAUCAUCGUUCUUUUUUUUGUUGCACAAAUGCUGACAACUACAAAAGCUCUUUAGAUUAUAGGAAUCAUUUUUAAAGACUUGUACAACAAUCUCAAUUAAACUAAAGGGAAUCAUGUU